AUGAGCGCUAAUUAUUCUUCCCAAAAUCAUACCUCGGAUUACAAACGAAACGAACAGCAGGAAAUGCUGGUCGCCCCACCGUUAGAUUUGUCGUUUAAAAAGGCCAACACCAUGGACGAAUUGAUGGAGAAACGUGCACAAGUAAUACGUACUGGAAAGGCUCCAGUAAGAACGUUUAAGGAUCGUUACAUAACCAGCACGUUAUGGCUGAGCAAUAAUCUACUGAGCUCGAUGGAAGGUCUUCAACGUCUCGCUGAUAGAGUUCUCGAUGAUCCAGUGUAUCUCAGUUGGUUGGAUUUGUCUUUCAACGAAAUAAACGAGAUUGGAGAAGACAUAGAAAAGUUUACAAACUUGAAGAUUCUCUACUUGCACGGCAAUAAAAUUGCGAAUAUCGCAGAUGUUUUAAAGCUGAGAAAGUUACAGAAUCUCAGGUCGCUAACGUUACACGGUAAUCCGAUCGAAGACGUUCCUUGCUACAGGGGUUACGUCGUACAUCUUCUCCCACAGUUACUCGUCUUAGACUUCUCGCCAGUAAUUGCUGCUGAAAAGAAAAAAGCGCUGCCCAUAGGAUUUUUUAAAAUGAUACAGCAACCUGGGAUACGAAUAUAA